AGAUGAUCAAAGUAAAAAUGUCCUUCGUCGACAGAGAUAUUGGGCUGAAAAGCUAGUUGGCCAUCUCUUCCGUUAUCAGUCUCCACAGACAAGUUGUGCUGAGAUCUCUUAUAUAGUGAUCCGCAAUCGUCUUAACGAUAUGCGUAAUGAUUUAUUUAAUGUAGCUGAUAAAGUAUGGCUUAAAGAUGGAUUCAAGAGUGGCAAGGACUUUGAGCUACGACAUAAAUGGGGUCUAAAUAAAUUCAGAUGGGUAGUGAAUAAACGUUUUGAGGUGAAAAAAACCCCAUUAAUUGGCUUUGAAUACGAUCAAAAACGUCGUUGUGAUGUUUCAGUAGGAAGACAACUUUAUUCGUUUUUCUCCUGUCUUAAUUUCAAUAAGGUGAUAGAUGCAAUUAAUCAUGCGGCGGUAUUUAUUCGCUAUGCCAUAGACUACAUUCGUGAUGUUUGCCUAAUGGACGCACCAGAAUCACUUGGUGAUCUUACAUCCCUUAUUGAAUUCACGAUUUCACUAGUUUUUUCGGCUAGUCCCAGACUUUGCGAUUUUUGCCUUCCUCAAAGUUAUUUGAUCAAGAGAUAUCUGAAAAAUCGCAGUAUGGGACAGCUUGUAAAAACUCUAAUUAACGAUCUUAGUGAAACAGGCUGCGAUUCCUUAGUCGUCAUCUACUACCGCGGAGAGGGCGUAUCUAGAUUUGCUGAACUUGCAAGGGAUGGAGCCAAGAUGCUCAAAUAUAAUUCUAGUGAAGAAUUCAGGUCUUCCCUUUGGAAAAUCGUAUCUCCAGUAGCUAGCGAAAGAAAGGCUGCUGCAUACGCUAUUUCUAGUUGCAAUGAAGUUGAGGAUAAUCAGAAUAAAAUCUCUGAAGAUAACCCGGAGUCAGCUGAAGAAAUUCAAGCUUGGUUCCAAAAAAUUACCGAUUCCCCUCAUGCUGAUGAAAAAGCCAAAAUAAUACAACAUUGGUUUCGCUCAGUACUCAUUCGAAAGCAAAAGUCCCGCAAGUAUGUUCGAGAUACAACUCUAGAUAAGAUUUACAAUGAUAUAUCUAAUUUUUGCAACAAUGUAUUGCACUGGGAAGCUGCUACGAAACUAAAAGGAAAAAGUGUGGUGCGCAAGUAUAUUAUGCUCUUGAAAGGUGAUGCAGUUGAUUUAAUCGUGAAACUUGAGAAAAUGCAAAAUGAAAUGGAUACAAUUCAAAAUAAAUUAAAAAAAUUAAUCCAGUCCAAUACUUCUGGUGAAAAAACAAUAGAGUCUUGUAUAAACCUAGAGGAUGAUUUAAGGUUUAAACAUUAUGAUGAUGUUAAGUUUGCCCUGGAUUCGUUAUCAACGACUGAAAAUGCAGUACAACAUGAAAAGGCAAACAUUGAAUGGCUUGAAAAUGAAUUACAAAAAACGAAUUGCAUUAUUAAUAAUGUUUCAAAAUGGAUAGAUGAGUGCAAGACUGUUACAAAAUAA